AAGAAGAUGGCAGCUCCCAGUGGUGAUGAUCGACGAAAGGCUGUCAAGGAAACUUUCGACGUGCUUUUGGAGAUGUCACAGCUGCUGAACACGGGUCUGGACCCGCAGUCGCUGGCGCUCUGCGUCCAACUAUGCGAAAGCGGCGUCAAUCCCGAAGCCCUGGCCUGCCUCAUCAAGGAGAUUCGCUCCCGAACGUCGUCCAACGUCAACAGUUCGAGCAUGCGGCCUGAACAUGCCGAGCGGUGACUGCGCUCAUCUACUCGCUGAAGAUCAGCUGGCCCUCUAGUUGCUGUGCUUUCUCGAAUGUGACGGCGCACCUGUCGGACGGAGCCUGAUCAGUUCGUGCAUGGGUUACUGGAGACCUUUUCAUUCCAGUUUGAGAGCCGCAGCACAGUGGCAGGCCAAAUCAAGUGGUCCCACAAAACAUUCGCUUGAGAAAAACGCAGAAAUAACGUAGGAAUAUGCGCGUAUCACCUGUCAUUGUGUCAAAGAAAAAGGACCUAAAAUUCUUUUUGAAACGGCGAGUGCCCAAAUGUGAUAUAUCAUGUGAAAGAUAAAGAAAUGUUGUAUCAGGUAAUUCUGAAAUCCCCAAAUUCAAUUUUUUUUUACCUCAGGAAGUCUCACCCCACCUUAAACUGUUAGUUCAUUGCGGUUAAAAACAAGAGCCCAUAUUCACAAAGGUGCCUUGCACUUGAUUUUUUUUUUCAGACAAUAUUUGAGCCAAUCGCAAUGCUAGGCUAAUGGAAUUAUCUAAUUCAGAUGUCGAUCUUGACUAAUCACCUUGUUCAGUUUCGUUGCACUUACAUUUCAUUCUGUUAAAAUGAAAUUCUAGCUGCAGACACAUUCGUAAUGUUUUUGUGAAGUGAGCAGUACCUUUCAAAUAAAAUGCAUGA